AUGGAGAAACCCCCAACUCUGGACCUGUACGACGGGACCACAGAUCCUGACGACCACAUCCGGAGCAUAGAAGCCGUCAUAGACUACCACGUGGUCCGGGGAUCUAUCAAAUGUCGGAUCUUUCCGACCACACUCAUGAAAGGAGCGAUGACCUGGUACAGGAACCUUCCUCCCAACUCCAUCCACUCUUGGUCAGAACUCAAGAAAUUCUUCUCGAAUCACUUCACAACAUCUCGUCGGCAGCCGAAGUCUGAAGCGACCCUCGAGGCCGUAAUUCAAGGGGCCAACGAACCUCUCCGAGAAUACCUCGACAGGUUCAAUAAAGAGGCCGUCCAGGUGCAGACAACCGACCACAUGAAGAGAUAUCUCCUGGAACGGGGACUUCUCCCCGACAGUGAUUUCAAGAAGGCUAUAAAAAUCGAGAAAGUACGCACCAUGGACGCCCUUCUGCUCAAAGCCCAAGCCUACAUCGCCUAUGUGGAAGGCGAAGCAGCCGUGAAGAAAGGCUCGAGAGGCAACGACGCUACCCGCAGCUCGAGCCAAGACUAUUCUCUUUCUUGCCGAGGAAACGAAAAGAGAAAAGACGACAGGCCCCGUGACAAUAAGGAGCAGAGAGGACCAGCUGGUCAGUUUAACGACUACACCCCGCUGAUCACUUCACGCGAGCGCAUUCUGACCGAAUGCAAAAACACAGAGUUCAAAAACUCCAAUGUUCGCCCCCCGAAGCCAAAUCCCACCAGACCGGGGACCGUCAAGUCCAAAUACUGCAAGUACCACAAGAGUCAUGGGCACCUAACCGACAAGUGCAUACACCUGAAAGACGCCAUCGAUACUCUGAUCAAAGAAGGUCGUCUCUCCAAGUAUACGAAGAAAGGAGAGACCUCCCGCCGAGAAGGGCAAGGGACUUCUGACGGGGACAAUUCACCAGAUGACAGACCACUGCAGAUUGCUCUAUCCGUCACCCGACUAGAAGACUUCAUACCCUCGGUCGGAGUGAACUCCGCCCUGAGCCCAUGGGAAGGAUUCCCGACCGCCAUGGUCAUUUCUAACGGCGGAGAUCCGGGCUCUCUCACGAUCAGCUCGGUAAAGAGAAAGUUCGACGAGCUCAUCAGCGCCAACUCAGACCUUGGUCCAACCCUCCAGAAGUUCAAGGGAAAAUCAGAUCCGAUAACCUUCUACCUCGAAGAGCUCCCGGGCGGAGCCCCUAAUGCCACGAUCCCCCUGCUCGUUCGAGCAAGGAUGGCUAACUUUGACGUCCGUCGGAUCCUGAUCGACGAGGGAAGCUCAGUCGACAUCAUGUACUCCCAUCUCUUCAAAACCCUCAAGCUGGACGACUCCCACCUCACUCCAUACAUGGGUUCCGACCUCCAGGACUUCAACGGAACCACCACCAAACCUUGGGGUUACGUCGAGCUGAUCGUCACUUUAGGGGAAGAAGAGGCUUCCAGACGGGUCAAGACAUGA